AAAAAAAGCCACUUACAGUGACAUAUUUACAUAGCAAGCGUGAGUCAUCCUUACAUCAUCUCGACCGAUGUGAACGCAGGCAAUUAAUCAUAACAUUUGUUUUUAAAAGAAGCAGAUUUUCAACCGAUUGAGUAAGAACACGUUUCUACUCAGGGCAGGCUCUGGUUCUAGUCAACUCACGGUGAUAAGAAUUGUUUGCCUGCUCCUGUGGACUAUAAGGUGACUACUUCCUGAUCUACACACACUUUACAGACUUACAGGAAAAUGGAUUUUACCUACACCUCGAAACACAACGGGGGACAGUCAGAUCGCCAAAGACUUCUGUUGCUGCUGUUGUCGUGUCUGACAGGCCUGCAGGCAGUGUUGUCAACAGUGGGAGAGGAGUCUAGUGAGAACGAAGCACUGCAAGUAGUGAUUGUUGGUCCAGAUUACGUGACGGUGAAUGUACCAAGUAGUGUUGAGUGUGAUGCCAACUGCGGGUCCUUGUGUACCUACUCCAUGGCAUUGGAUGGACAGCGUGCGCAGGGUCAAGGCAAUGUGCUGGCCUUUACCUUAACCCAGUGGGUGAACACAUUAACACUGACGUGCACAGUCACAAAUGACCAAACAGGGAAGACAGCCAUGACCACAAAGACCCUACAAGUUUUAGCUGGACCCACCAAUAUUUCCAUCUCAGGUCCUGAUGUGAUGAAACCCACAGUGAGCCACACCUACAGCUGCCAUGCCUAUUGUCGGCCAUCUUGUAAUUACACCUGGAAAUUCGAUCAAGGCCCGUGGGUCAGGGGACUUGGCAGUGUCAUUUCUAUCAACCCACAGGAAAUGAAAGAAUCAAAAAUGCUUAUCUGCAAAGCCACCAACAGUGUUUCCGGGCUUUUUGCUGCUGCAACACAAAACAUAGCAAUAAUAUCUGGCCCAACAGACGUCCAGAUCAAUGGCCCCGACUUUAUUGAAGUCGCAACCGAGUACGAGUUUGUCUGUAGCGCUGACUGUUAUCCACCUUGCCACUACGUGAUUUCUGCGGACAGUCAGACAGUGAGGGGGAAUGAGAUUGAGAUGACAGUGGACCAUCCUGUUAAAUCUGUCACUCUGAAGUGUGAAGCACAAAACACAGUAUCAAAGAAGUCGGCCACGGUCUUUAAAACUCUACGGAUGGAAGAUCGCAACACGUCCACUCGUCCCGAGGACAGUUUAGCUGUGCUGCUGCUCGCCUUCAUCGCCUCUGUUUCUACACCGUGACCCACAUUCAUGUAUUUAUUAAACUUUUUCCCAGUUUUUACUGUUGCAAGUACUCAUAUUACUUUUUAAAUACUCCUUUGUUGUCCAUCUGUCAGAAAAUCCACCUUAACUAUGAGUGAGAAUACAUUUCUCCAUAAAACCUGUUUGAACGUAGAGAUUUGAUGACUCAUGUUGAUAACGUGUCCAUUUGUCUGCCAUGUUGACACGUUGGGUUGAAACCUGUUUGAACUUUCUAACAAGUGACGGAAAUAAGGAGUGUCAGUGCC